AUGGCGUCUCUGUGGUACUGCUGCAACUGCAACUUCGGCCCUCACAACUCCUCCCUCUACGACGCCUGCAUCCAGUGCGGAACCCAUCGUUGCGCUCGCUGCGUCAACGAGAAGCUCUCUGACAAUAUGAGCGGCCACUCCCACUCGCACUCGCACUCCCACAACAGCAACCCGAUCUCCGCAUAUCCAACUGCCGUCUCUAUGCACUCACCUCCCACACCAACCUUGAAGACCACAGCCAUGUCCAUUGUCGUACCAGAGCUUCCCGGUUUACGGCCUCUACCACGGGCCGACUGCACAGGUAUCUCAUCGGCCUCACUGCCUGGAACGAGGCAACACGCUCCAACCUACAUGUAUAUCUGUUGCGAAUGUGGAGACGGGCCUAAGGUCUUCAACGUCCAACCCAAGUGCGUGGUCUGCAACCACGCGGCCUGCGGCAAUUGCGAGGAGAUCAAGUGA